AUGAUCGCGGGCCAAGUCCGAUAUUGUAACCCGAGUGCUUGGCGUGAAAACAAGAAUCCGGCAAAAGUACCAAUACCCAGGAAGAGUAUAAAGAUACCCGUCAGCGAAGUUUACUGCCCGGUAGUUCGCGGAAUCAUGGCCCGAACCAUCAGAACGAUGUUUGCGAAGACCGCCGCCAGUCUCCUUGUCGGCCUCGUCGGCCCGGUGCUGGGCCAGCUGGACGCCCUGCCGUCGGGCUUCAACCCGGACCGAUGGGCCUGGGUCUCCAACGAGGAUCCGCUCCUCGCCGUGAUACCGGGCCGCUUCAAUCGCUCCGUGUGGGAGGCACCAUCUGCCGCCGAAGUGUCCGACCCCAGGGUGGCCGCCAUCAACGAGCACAUCAACAAGACCAGCUUUGUCGCCUACGACGAACGCUUCUUCGACAUCAUCGGACUAGGCGCCACUGUCGAGCAGCUGCAGGUCCUCCCAUUUCAAGUACACGAGGCCUCUUGCUAUAUACCCGAGCAGUCGCUACUAUUUUUCGUGGAAUGGGGUCCUCCUGGAGGCCAGAACGGCACGCACGACUGGCAGUAUGUUUUGGACGUUCGGACCAACAACCUGACCAAGAUUCGGACGGACCCGCCAACUUACAAUGUCCACGGCUGCGUGUACCAGAACGGCAAGCUGCACGUCGUCACGGACGGGGGCCCGAACGAGACGGCAUACCUGGCGACCAUCGACCCGAAGACGUGGGAGCGCAAGACCGUUCUGAACAACUUCUACGAGCGGCCUUUCAUGAGCUUCAACGAUCUCGAGCUGGACCGUGAGGGGAACUAUUAUCUGUCUGACUCCAGAUCAGGCUGGGGCCGAGAUCUGAACCCCUACUCCAUGCCCACGCUGCCCACGGUCUAUUUCGUCAACGGCACCACCCUCCGGGCCAAGGAGCUGGCGUACCUUCAGGGCAACGCCAACGGCAUAUCGCUGUCGCCCGACGGCGGGACGCUCUACCUGGCGGACACGGGCGCCUCCGAGACCAAACCGUCGCGGCGGAACAACCUGGGCCCGCGCGACCUCUGGGCGUGGGACUUCGCCGUUUCCUCGUCGGGGAGGCGUCUGCCGCUGCUCGGGAAUCGGAGGCUGCUGAGCCGCGCGAUGCAGUACUUCUACGACGGCGUGCGCGUGAGCCGCGGCGGCUGGGUCUUCGGGGCCGGCGGCGAGGUGGUGGACGUCCUAGACCCGGAGUCCGGGUGGACGCUCGGCUCGAUCCGCGUCGGCGGGGGCGGCAACGAUCCCGUGAAUCUGGCGUUUGGGGAGAACGAGACGUGGAUCGUGGGCAAAGGGGGUGUCUGGCAUGUCAAGAACAUACGUGAGAGGCUCGAUAAAGCUGUCUAG